GGGGGGCAGGCGCGGUGGGGAAGAUGGCGUACCAGAGCCUCCGGCUGGAGUAUCUGCAGAUCCCGCCGGUCAGCCGCGCCUACACUACCGCCUGCGUCCUCACCACCACGGCCGUGCAAUUGGAAUUGAUCACACCUUUUCAGUUAUACUUCAAUCCUGAGUUAAUUUUUAAACACUUUCAAAUAUGGAGGCUAAUCACCAAUUUCUUAUUUUUUGGUCCAGUUGGAUUCAAUUUUUUGUUUAACAUGAUAUUUCUAUAUCGUUACUGCCGAAUGCUAGAAGAAGGCUCUUUCCGAGGUCGGACGGCAGACUUUGUAUUUAUGUUCCUUUUUGGUGGAUUUUUAAUGACUCUUUUUGGUUUGUUUGUGAGCUUAGUGUUUUUAGGCCAGGCCUUUACAAUAAUGCUGGUCUAUGUGUGGAGCCGGAGGAACCCGUAUGUCCGCAUGAACUUCUUUGGUCUUCUGAACUUCCAGGCCCCCUUUCUGCCCUGGGUGCUCAUGGGCUUUUCUUUGUUGUUGGGGAACUCGAUUAUUGUGGACCUUUUGGGUAUUGCAGUUGGGCACAUAUAUUUUUUCUUGGAAGAUAUAUUUCCCAAUCAGCCUGGUGGAAUAAGAAUUCUGAAAACACCGUCUAUUUUGAGGACUAUUUUUGAUACGCCAGAUGAGGAUCCCAACUACAACCCACUACCUGAAGAGCGGCCAGGAGGCUUUGCUUGGGGUGAAGGCCAGCGCCUUGGAGGGUAAAGCAGCUGUGCCAAUUAUGAGAGCCAUCUGAGAAAGACUCAGUGAAAUGCCCAUUGGGAUCCUUUUAUCCCUUGUUGCAAAAGUGUGGACAGCGUGACAGAUUUUAACUCCAGAAGCACUUUACGGAAUGGUACACUGACUAACACAGAAGACGUUUCCAGCAGUUUGCCAGGGGUUCCUCACUAUGCUGGUACUGAAAGUAUAACCUCUUGGAGCCAAAAACUGGAGAAGCAUAUCCUGCCGCCUCUGACAAGUACACGGGUACUUGCGCUCUGUGGCAACAGGCGGGGCUUUCCUCUCCUCUUUGACAGACAAGGCCGUGGUGUAAACGAGAGUUUCAGAGAGGACAAAAUAAAACUGAAUUCCAUCUCUCUCA